ACUUGCCAAGAUUUUUCAUCAAAAAGAGCCAAGAUGACCAAUCUAAGUUGGUCUGAUCAUUUUUCAGAUAACUUAUCAUAUGAUCUGUCUUUUCCUUAUUUAUUUAUUUAUUUAUUUAUCAUAUACUAAUUAAUAUCUUAUUUAGUUUACCAAAAAGCUAAGAAUUUUAAAAACUCUCCACAGAGCUUAAAAAAAUAAAUCCAUAUAUAAUUAUUCGUGCCUUCCAUUAUAAAAGCAGAGGAAUUAGCAUAGAUCCCCUAAGCUGAUCUAAUCACUUUCCAUAGACAAGAAGAAAAUGGGUCGCUCCAUUUUUUGUCUUCAUGACCUUCUUUUUUCAUCUCUUCUUAUUUUCACUUUGUUGCUUAAUCAUGUUCAUGCCAACAAAAAGUGUUACAUUGUAUACUUGGGAGCACAUUUACAUGGUCCAACCCCUUCCACUGCUGACCUUGAAAUUGCUACAUCUUCACAUUAUGAUUUAUUGGGUUCAAUCUUGGGAAGUGAAGAGAAAGCAAAAGAAGCAAUAAUUUAUUCAUAUAAUAAACAGAUCAAUGGGUUUGCAGCUAUACUUGAAGAGGAAGAAGCUGCACAAAUUGAAAAAAACCCGAAGGUUGUAUCUGUGUUCUUGAGUAAAAAACAUAAAUUGCACACUACACGUUCAUGGGAAUUUCUUGGAUUGCGUGGAAAUGAUAUGAACUCAGCUUGGCAAAAGGGAAGAUUUGGUGAAAAUACCAUCAUAGCUAACAUUGAUUCAGGUGUUUGGCCCGAAUCUAUGAGUUUUAACGACAGAGGAAUAGGCCCAAUUCCAGCAAAGUGGCGUGGGGGUAACAUUUGUCAAAUUAACAAACUCAAUGGUUCUAGCAAAGUUCCAUGUAACAGGAAGCUAAUUGGAGCGAGAUUUUUCAACAAAGAAUUUGAAUCAUUCAACGGAAAACUUCCUGGUUCACAACAAACAGCACGUGACUUUGUAGGCCACGGUACUCACACACUAUCAACAGCAGGUGGAAACUUCGUACCAGGUGCAAGUAUAUUCGGUAUUGGCAACGGUACUGUAAAAGGUGGUUCACCAAGAUCAAGAGUUGCAACCUACAAAGUGUGUUGGUCACUAACAGAUGCCGAGAGUUGUUUUGGUGCUGAUGUAUUAGCUGCGAUUGAUCAAGCAAUUAGUGAUGGUGUUGAUUUAAUCUCAGUUUCUGCCGGAGGCGAAACUAGUACAAGUUCUGAAGCAAUUUUCACUGAUGAGGUUUCAAUAGGUGCAUUUCAUGCACUUGCUAGAAAUAUAUUAUUGGUUGCUUCAGCUGGAAAUGACGGACCUACCCCUGGAAGUGUAGUUAAUGUUGCUCCUUGGGUGUUCACAGUUGCUGCUAGUACAUUAGAUAGAGACUUCAGCAGUAAUAUUACCAUUGGUAACAAAACAAUCACGGGAGCCAGUCUUUUUGUAAACUUGCCUCCUAACCAGUCCUUUACUGUCGUGAAUGCUAUUGAUGCUAAGUUUGCCAAUGCGACAAGUCGAGAUGCACAAUUUUGUAGACCAGGAACACUUAAUCCUUCAAAAGUGAAGGGUAAAAUAGUGGCUUGUGUUCGAGAAGGGAAAGUAAAAUCAGUUUCUGAAGGUCAAGAAGCUUUAUCUGCAGGAGCAAAGGGAGUGAUUUUGAAAAAUCAACCUAAAGUUAGUGGAAGAACACUUCUUUCUGAGCCUCAUGUUUUGUCUACUAUCAGUUGGCAUGAGGAUCAUCCAAAAACAAGACAACAUAAUAUUGACUUAAUUCCCACGGACAUAAAGUCGGGUACUAAAAUAAGAAUGUCACAAGCAGAAACUAUUAAUGGAAGAAAACCAGCUCCAGUUAUGGCUUCAUACUCAUCUAGAGGACCAAAUAAAGUUCAACCAUCAAUACUCAAGCCUGAUGUAACUGCUCCAGGUGUGAACAUACUUGCUGCAUAUUCAUUGUUUGCAAGUGCAUCUAAUUUAAUAACAGACACUCGUCGAGGAUUUCCUUUCAAUGUCAUGCAAGGAACUUCUAUGUCUUGUCCUCAUGUUGUUGGCACUGCCGGACUUAUCAAAACACUUCAUCCUAAUUGGAGUCCAGCGGCUAUUAAAUCAGCUAUCAUGACCACUGCAACCACAAGAGAUAACACCAACAAGCCAAUUACCGAUACAUUUGAAAAUACAUUAGCAAAUCCAUUUGCAUAUGGUUCGGGACAUAUUCAACCCAACAGUGCAAUAGAUCCGGGACUUAUUUAUGAUCUAACCAUUAUUGAUUACUUAAACUUCUUAUGUGCUUCUGGAUAUAACCAACAACUAAUUUCAUCACUUAAUUUCAAUAAGACAUUUAGAUGUUCAGGGUCACAUAGCAUAAAUGACUUGAAUUACCCUUCAAUCACAUUACCAAAUCUUGGAUUAAAUGUUGUUAAUGUGACUAGGAGAGUUACCAAUGUUGGGCCACCAAGUACAUAUUUUGUAAAAGCCCAAUUGCCCGGAUAUAAAAUUGUUGUUGUUCCAAAUUCCUUGAAUUUCAAGAAAAUUGGUGAAAAGAAGACAUUUCAAGUUGUAGUUCAAGCAACAAGUGGGACUCCAAGAAGGAAAUAUCAAUUUGGUGAAUUGAUAUGGACAAAUGGAAAACACAAUGUUAGGAGUCCAAUUACUGUUCGACGCAAAUGAAAGAUAAUUUCAUAGUUAGUUUGAUUUACUGUGUUAUUAUUAUUGGAUUGGAUUAUAUCUAUAUGUUUUUUGUUAUUUCAUCAAUUUUGUUGUUGUUGGUUGGAUAUGGUAUAGUAAGUUUUAAUAGUAUUUAUUAGAGUAUAUGUGUAUUGUAAUAAUUGAUUUAUGGGAGUGACAUAACAUCUAUAUGUCGUGUACAACCAUAAACUUUGUACCAAUAUAAAUGUGACAAUAUAUAACUUGAGUUGUCUUUCAA